AUUAUUUAGUCUGUCUUGAGUACAGCUACGCGUUAUAGCAAUAGGAUAGAGUUGUUCUACUGCUGUGUCGGACAACUGCAUCCGCUGCAAGCACUAACAGUGACAAGUGCUACAUUUGGUGACAGGAGUGGGAUCCAGAUAAAUGGCAGAAGCGCCAGACCAGCAGCAUGCGGAGCAGGCAGUGCGCGCCCGAGGCAGUAGAAUAGUGUCUCUUCCUGAUUCGUUCAGUGAUGGCGAUGUGGAGCAAUGGCUCAAGAAGUUUACCCUUUGUGCUGAUGCAAAUGGGUGGGAAGACGAUGAGAGAAAAAAGAAGAUUCUUCCGACAUAUCUAAAUGGGAGAGCUUGGAUUGUUUAUGAUCGGUUGCCAGAAGACAAGAAGGACACGUAUGAUCGUUUGUGUACGUCACUUAAGAAUGUCUUUUCCCCUGUUACGGCAGAGAGACGCCGUCUGGCAACGAGGCAGUUCAGGGAGAGAAAAUGGAAGACUGAUGAACCAUUGGAGGUUCAUGCAGGAGAGCUAGAACGUCUCUUGGACAGGGCUUACCCAGCACUAGGAGCCGAUGAUCGGCAACAGCAGCUAGUAGACCAGUUCACUGAAGGAAUGCCACCAGCUGUACGUCGGGAAUUAGAACUUCAUGCACAAGCAACAUUCGAGGAUACCAUACUGCGAGCAAGAGAGCUAAUGCUCUUGGAAGACAGAAAGAAGGUACGAGCUCAGACUGUCGAAGCUGUCAAUGUGGUGAGGCAGGAUGUUACCCAUUCUGAUUACACAACUGAGCUGGAACGACGAGUGCAACAUCUAGAGGCACAAUUGCGGCAACCAACACCCACAUGGUCUAAAGAGAAAUACCCACAAUUACCUCACACACCACGAGGAUUGAACAAAAGGGAUCUGAUUUGCUUUCAAUGCAAUCAGCCUGGGCACCUACGCCGCAAUUGUUCCUUGUUCUCUGGUCCAAAACAGAUUGGGCCUUGCUAUCUUUGUGGCCAAAUGGGUCAUCACCAACGUCAUUGUGGACAAAGGCCCACUCAAUCCCAAGGUCGUCAAGGAAACAAUUAGUCUUUGCACAGUCCAAUCAAUGGUGGUGCUUAUGCAAGACAAGAAUGUCUUAGUAAUAGUAAUAGAACAUCCAAGCAGUCGAGCAAGCCAACUGAUCGCUUCUAUCAAAGCAAGCCAACCGAUCGCUUCUAUCAAAUCAACGGGUUGAUGCACUCUCUAACAGUAGAGGGAACUGUGGAUGGAGUUCCAUCCAAGUGUCUUAUCGACACAGGAGCAUCUGUUUCUUUAGUCCCGCCCUCAUUUGGGAGUGGCAAGACAGUACAUCCUUGU